AUGCCAGACGUGAGACUGCUAAAGAAGAUGCAAGCCCAUGUUGUUUUGAAGCUCAUAUCUGAAGCAGUUGGUUUCCGACCCAAGCUUCCUCUUUUACCCAUCCAAGCAGAUGACGACCUCACCCACCCCAAAGGCGCUGCAGGCUGCUCUUUCGGUGGGAAACUGUAUGCGCUGCAGGAUACCUGGCACCCAGAUCUGGGACAGCCCUUUGGAGUGAUGCACUGUGUCGUAUGCCACUGCGAGCCGCAACCCAAUCGAAGGGGUAAAGUGAUUGGAAAAGUGAGUUGCAGAAAUAUCAAACACGAUUGCCAUGAGCCUCCGUGUCAUGCCCCGAUCUUGCUGCCUGGACAUUGCUGUAAAACCUGUCCCAAAGGUGAGGCUCAUUCGCUCUCCUCAGUUCUCUCCCAACCUGAACAUUACAAAGAGUGCCGUGGCGCGGUUUUGAAACAUACAAGAAUAGUUCAUGCAGAAAGUACCAUCAGCUUGGAGAAGAAACCCAACGCCAACUUCGAGGGAUUUGAGUACUUUCCUCUUGAGAAGGAGGAUGACCUGCAAAAGAGUCACAACGACCGCUCGUACAUCACAUCUGAGGACAUGUACAUGGAGGACAGCAGAACAGAUUUUGUGGCCUUGCUCACAGCAACAUCUGGCCACCGGUCGGUGUCCAUGGCGGUGGCUAAAGCUCGGCUCACUCUGGUCAGAUCCAACCUCAUCUUCGCCAUUCACUGUGAAAGACUCAGCCGCCCUAUUAGGGUGAGCUUUCGGGAUCGAGAUGGGACAGUCUUAUUUGAACAUCCAGUCCACAAGAUGUCUUCACCUCAAAACAACCUGAUCUGUGGCAUAUGGAGGAAUGUGCAUAAACCUUACAUGAAGCUGCUGAAGUCUGAUCAACUCCACAUUGCUCUGAUAACGCAGCCACAGUCAGAUGCUGGCAUCCACGGCAGAAUCGUCAAACACAGGGCACUCUUUGCUGAAACAUUCAGUUCUGUUCUGACCUCAACUGACCCAGAUGGCACAGGACUGGGCGGUAUUGCCAUGCUGACCCUCAGUGAUGUUGAAGACAAUCUACACUUUAUCAUUAUGUUCAAAGGGUUGCUAAAGAAGAGUGAAAAGGAUCGCAGUCUAAUCCCAGUACGGGUGCAGUUGUUGUACAGGGACCGACCAUUGAGAGAAGUCACAGCCAAUAUAUCCACCCAUGACUCCAGUUUUGCUGAAGUGAUGACUGAUCUCAGUAACAAGGAGAUGUUUCUGCUUUCACAUGGCCAACUGGAAAUUUCUCUGGACACUGACAGCAGAAAUGCAGGCCGUAUUUCGGGAAUCAUCACAGCUAAGAAAACGUGCAAUACUAUUCAGAGUGUCCUUUCAGGCGGAAAUGCUCUCACUCCAACCAAAACUGGUGCUGUUGGUUCAGCAAAGUUUACUUUGCAUGACAACGGGACCCUUGAAUUCCAGGUACAAAUAGCUGGCACUGCCAGUGAAGUUGUGGGACUCACAAUUGAAACUAAACCUCGACGCAGACACAGACGCAAUAUUUUACAUGAUAUAACGUCUGACUACAGGAAUAAUUUUGCAAUUGGAGUUAGCAACAAUCUCAAUGGCAGGGAGAUUCACAUGCUGUUACAGAAUGAGCUCUUCAUCAAUGUUGCAACAAAAGAGUAUGAAGAGGGAGAACUGAGAGGACAAAUCAGUUCUCUACUCUAUAGUGGCCUUCAAGCAAGAUACUACGAGCUGCCAAUUCCAUUAGCUGGACAGUUUGUGGUGCCCCCGGUAAAGACUGGGUCAGCAGGCCAUGUCUGGCUGUCUUUGGAUGAGCAUUGCCAUCUUCACUAUGAGAUAGUGGUAGCUGGGCUGAAUAAAGCUGAAGAUAUUACCAUCAAUGCACAUCUCCAUGGCUUUGCUGAGAUUGGGGAAAUGAACGAUAAUAGUGGUGAACAUAAACGGCUCCUUAAAGGUUUCUAUGGAUCAGAGGCCCAAGGAAUAUUAAAGGAUAUCGCCACGGAACUUCUCCAGCAUCUUAAUAGAGGAACCGCAUUUAUUCAAGUUAGCACAAAACUGAAUCCCAAAGGAGAGAUACGAGGACCGGUGCUGAUUCAAAACCAAUGCGAGUCAAAAGGAUUUGUCAUACCUAAAGAACCCGAGUACGAAGACGAUCUCUUUCAUGAAAUUAAACCUGAUCCCGAACAGUUGAAGAAAGAUCCAAAUUCUUGUUUCUUUGAAGGGCAACAACGAGCCCAUGGGUCCCAGUGGACCCCAGAUUAUGACCAGAAAUGCUCCACCUGCAGUUGCCAGAAAAGGACCGUAAUAUGUGAUCCUAUCCUAUGUCUUCCUCUGAACUGCACAGAAAUUGUUCACGUCGAAGAUAAAUGCUGUCCAGUUUGUCGAGAUAUAAUUGAAGCAAAAAAUGAAAACAAAAAGGGAAGCGACCAGGUUGAAGGCUGUUAUUUUGAUGGGGACCGGAAGUGGCAUGCUGCUGGGACCACCUGGCAUCCCUUUGUACCGCCAUUUGGUUAUGUGAAAUGUGCUGUGUGCACCUGUAAGGGGGCAACUGGGGAGGUACAUUGUGAGAAGGUUCAAUGCCCAGCUCUGCCUUGUAGCCAGCCUGUUAGAAGGAAUGCCUCAAAUUGUUGCAAGGAAUGUCCAGAGAUUCCCCCUUUUGACCACACAGACUUGAUGCAGGCUGAUGGGCCCAGGCCCUGCAAAUUUGGCCGUCAUAUAUACAUGAACAAUAAUAAGUGGCAUCCUGAAGUCCCUCCGUUUGGGGAAAUGAAAUGCAUUACUUGCUGGUGUGAUGAAGGUUCCACAAAGUGUCAACGAGAGAAGUGUCCAGUUCUAACCUGCGAAAACAUAGUAAAACGACACCAUAAAUGCUGUCCGGAGUGUGAAGGUAAAACGUAAACUUUAUUUGUAUCUGUUCCAGUAAUGGAAAGCUGUAUCAGAACAAUUUGAACAAAAGCUGGAGUAACUCAGGCC